AUGACCGACACGAGAACUAUCAUCACUCAACAAAACCUUCCAAAUGAACAAUACAACAAGACCUUUAUCUGUGAUCAAUUCCAAAUGCUUCUGUACGGAAAACAAAAUUUAAACCUUAAGAAAAAGGCCAGGCCAGAGAACUGUGAUCUCCUCAUAGUAAGGCCAGGCCAAGACGCCUGUCUGAAGGACGCCUGUCUGGAGGACGCCUGUCUGAAGGACACCUGUCUGAAGGACGCCUGUCUGAAGGACGCCUGUCUGAAGGACGCCUGUCUGAAGGACGCCUGUCUGGAGGGACGCCUGUCUGGAGGGACGCCUGUCUGGAGGGACGCCUGUCUGAAGGACGCCUGUCUGAAGGACGACUGUCUGAAGGACGCCUGUCUGAAGGUCGACUGUCACAAGGACGACUGUCACAAGGACGACUGUCACAAGGACGCCUGUCACAAGGACGCCUGUCACAAGGACGCCUGUCACAAGGACGCCUGUCACAAGGACGCCUGUCACAAGGACGCCUGUCACAAGGACGCCUGUCACAAGGACGCCUGUCACAAGGACGACUGUCACAAGGACGACUGUCACAAGGACGCCUGUCACAAGGACGCCUGUCACAAGGACGCCUGUCACAAGGACGACUGUCACAAGGACGCCUGUCACAAGGACGACUGUCACAAGGACGCCUGUCACAAGGACGACUGUCACAAGGACGACUGUCACAAGGACGCCUGUCACAAGGACGCCUGUCACAAGGACUGUCUGAAGGUCGACUGUCACAAGGACGCCUGUCACAAGGACGACUGUCACAAGGACGACUGUCACAAGGACGCCUGUCACAAGGACGACUGUCACAAGGACGCCUGUCUGAAGGUCGACUGUCACAAGGACGCCUGUCACAAGGACGACUGUCACAAGGACGACUGUCACAAGGACGACUGUCACAAGGACGACUGUCACAAGGACGCCUGUCACAAGGACGCCUGUCUGAAGGUCGACUGUCACAAGGACGCCUGUCACAAGGACGCCUGUCACAAGGACGCCUGUCACAAGGACGCCUGUCACAAGGACGCCUGUCACAAGGACGCCUGUCUGAAGGUCGACUGUCACAAGGACGCCUGUCACAAGGACGCCUGUCACAAGGACGCCUGUCACAAGGACGCCUGUCACAAGGACGCCUGUCACAAGGACGCCUGUCUGAAGGUCGACUGUCACAAGGACGCCUGUCACAAGGACGACUGUCACAAGGACGACUGUCACAAGGACGACUGUCACAAGGACGACUGUCACAAGGACGCCUGUCACAAGGACGCCUGUCACAAGGACGACUGUCACAAGGACGACUGUCACAAGGACGACUGUCACAAGGACGACUGUCACAAGGACGACUGUCACAAGGACGCCUGUCACAAGGACGCCUGUCACAAGGACGCCUGUCACAAGGACGCCUGUCACAAGGACGCCUGUCACAAGGACGCCUGUCACAAGGACGCCUGUCACAAGGACGCCUGUCACAAGGACGCCUGUCACAAGUACGCCUGUCUGAAGGUCGACUGUCACAAGGACGCCUGUCACAAGGACGCCUGUCACAAGGACGACUGUCACAAGGACGACUGUCACAAGGACGACUGUCACAAGGACGACUGUCACAAGGACGCCUGUCACAAGGACGCCUGUCACAAGGACGCCUGUCACAAGGACGACUGUCACAAGGACGACUGUCACAAGGACGACUGUCACAAGGACGACUGUCACAAGGACGACUGUCACAAGGACGACUGUCACAAGGACGACAACCACAAGGACUCUGCAGGAUAA